CCAAGUUGUUUUUCUCAAGCAACCCAACCAAAACCAGCAAGCACCAUCCAUUAUUUCCCUCGAUCCGCGGAAAUAAAUAAAUAAAAAAACCCAAUUCCUUCGCUUUCCGUUAUCCAAAACCAAAAUGCACAGUCAUUCAUAGCAUGACAUCAAUCAAGUUCUUCACUUCACAAUUUCAGAGUAGCGUUCAUAUUUUUUCCCCUUUCCCAACACACUCCCAACACUUGCGGUGCCGCCACGUGUCCCAUCGUUUUCGGUGUUAGUUUCCUUCCUUCUCAGGUAACAACAGUCACCGAUCACUCCCCUCCCGCACCCAAAAAUAAAAAAAAAACUAACCAAUUUUUCUCUCCGUAUAAAUAACACCAAAUCAAAAAUCAAAACCAUCGUGAGGGAUUCUCUUUUCAACCACCGUCAUCAGCGAUCGGAUUCGGAUUCGGACUCCGUCUCGGGAAAAUUCGAGAAAUUUUUCGAAUUUUUCACCACUGCUUUGUGCGCAGCGAUCGGUUUCGGAUUCGGGCUCCGAUUUUCGCCUCUCGCGAAGAGCUUGGGUUCAUUUGCACUAAUGGAGGGGAAGGAGGUUUGCGCGUCGGAGUCGGCGGUUGAUGGAAGCCGCGACGUUUGGAGUUCGGAGCCCUCGCUCGCUUCCUCCGCGGAUCACCUCGUUGUAAUGGUGAACGGAAUUCUCGGACGUGAGACGGAUUGGAAAUAUGCUGCGGAGAAAUUUGUCAAGGAGUUGCCAGAUAAAGUGUUUGUUCACUGUAGCGAACGAAAUGUGUCUAUGCAUACACUAGAUGGUGUGGAUGUAAUGGGAGAGAGAUUAGCAGAAGAGGUACUUGAAGUGAUUAAAAGAAAGCCAAAUAUGCGUAAGAUAUCCUUUGUUGCACACUCAGUUGGAGGAUUAGUGGCACGAUAUGCAAUUGGGAGGCUGUAUAGGCCACCUGAAAAAGGAUCAAUGGCGGACUCAUGCAAUGACGAAAGUAAGGAGGGCUCUGUGGGUACAAUUGGUGGCUUGGAGGCUAUGAAUUUCAUUGCUGUUGCCACACCUCAUCUAGGAUCAAGGGGAAAUAAGCAGGUUCCAUUUCUUUUGGGGGUACCUGCUUUUGAGAAGGUUGCUAGUUGUGUUAUUCAUUUUAUUUUUAGAAGAACAGGUCGGCAUCUUUUCCUUACUGAUGAUGAUGAAGGAAAACCUCCAUUGCUUGAACGCAUGGUUCAAGACUACGGUGAUUUGUAUUUCAUGUCUGCAUUGUGUGCUUUCAAACGCCGAUUUGCAUAUUCAAAUGUGGACUAUGAUCAUAUUGUUGGCUGGAGAACAUCAUCCAUCAGACGUCAGAGUGAACUUGCAAAUUGGAAGGAUACCAUCAAUGAAAAAUAUCCACAUGUUGUAUAUGAAGAGCAUUGCAAAGCAUGUUCUGAUGCUGAGCAGUGUGACUCAACAGAAGAUUACAGCUAUGACAAGAUAGAAGAGGGGCUUGUAACAGGCUUAUCUCGAGUGUCUUGGGAAAAAGUAGAUGUUAGCUUCCGCAAUAGCAAGAAUAGAUUUGCUUCUCAUACUAUCAUUCAGGUCAAAGACCAAAUCACCCAAAUAGAAGGUGCAGAUGUUAUCCAGCAUAUGAUUGAUUAUUUUCUUGUCUAGAAGCCUUUUUUGUCUCUAAAGUGUGUUCCCUGCUUGGGAAUAUAAGCUUCUCAUAGGAUGGAAACAAUUGGUUCCCCGAGUGUUAAAGUUCUCCAUUAGUUGCUAUCCCACGUGGUUUCUAGUUGUUAAUGUCGUUUCCUAACCCAAAAAAUAGAAGAAAAUUAAUUUUUGUUCAUGGAUCAACAUUUACUAUGUGUACAGAACUAGUCGGGGAAUCCGUGGAAUGCACGGGGACAAUAAAAUUUAUUUACCCAAAUUUCAUGUAUUCCAUUUUUCAUGUAUACACCUUAAAGGUUAUAUAUAUGAAUUUAAUUUAUAUGAACUAACAAAUAUUUUUUA